GCAGAGGUUUGCUUGAGCUGCGCAUCAGAAGUGGAAACACGUUGUGGUUUAAUGUCUCUGCACUGAAAGGAAAUCUGCAGUUUGAUCAGUGCUUUUACAGACGAAAGACAAUGGAGAAGAUCAUGCUCUUUUGUGUUUUUUCAUACUUGAUUGUUCAGAUCAGCUCCAGCGAUGCUUCAGAACAUAAUGUGACUCUGUUGAGAUUUCAGCUGAAUGAAACCAUCACUCUGAACUGCAGCAUGACAGACAAACAUGUAAUAGCCUGGUAUCACCAGAAUCCUAAAUCUGGACAACUAACACUGCUGAUAUUUGCCUUAGCCAUGGACAAGAAAAAAGAGCUAAAUGCAAAGCAUGAAAACACUCGCGUUACAGUUAAAGAAGACAGAAGAACAAAAAUAGUCUCGCUAGUUAUGACUGGACUAAUGGAGUCAGAUUCAGGUCUUUAUUUCUGUGGAAGAAGAUCAGGGUAUUCAGACAUGCAGUUUGAGAAACCCAUCAGACUACAGAUCGAGGACCGAGAAGACAAAGUUCAGUCCGUCACAGAUCCUCCAGAGGAAGAGAUCACAGAUGAAGUGACGCUGACGGAGCGUGUGCUGAUGUUCAGUGGUGUUGGUUUGGCUGUGUUUCUGUGUUUUCUGGUUAUAAUCAUUGCAGGAAGAAACAUUUACUGUCACGGUUGGCGGAAAGGAUGGACCGCAGCCGAACAUGCUGGUCUGAAUGUUCAAAACUCACCUAAAUGACAUUUGUGAGCUUUAUUUUUGACUCUAUCACAAUAAUCAGCAUUUUAUACUUUACACCAGACUCACCGUUGUGAUUCAGAUGUGUUUCUGUCGGCCAGAUCUCAUAGACGUCUGUUUUAUCUGUUCAUGACACAAACUUGUUCAAACAAAAUGAAAUAUUUCUGAACAAAUAGCAGUAAAACUAAGAAAUCAUGUCACAGUCGUAUUUUUGAUGAAAAAUUAUAGAAAUGAUAAUUGUUUGUAAAUGUGAUGUAGACCUAAACAUACUGUCUGUAACUGUAAUUAAACAGAAACAGUUGUGAAUGAAUAAGUUUGUGUGUACCACUUUAUUUCUCUGUGACUAAAUUGCAAUCCUGAAACAAAUUCAUUUAUUAUGAUCACUGUAUCACUUAUUAUUGUGAAACUGAUAUAACAUCAAUGCUUUGUUUUAUAUCUCUAAUUAUACUACAUGCUUUUAUCAUGUUCAUUUUGUGAUUUCACUAGUUCCAGUAAUUUACUUCUGAUCAGUUUUCUGAUAAAUCUUAUCUUUGCUGGUGGUGAAAUGCUGUGGUUUGAUUUCAAAUAUCUUCAGCUCUGUUCUGAGGAUGAAUGAAAGUCUUGGGGAGCGUAACAACAUGAGGGUAAGUAAAUUAGUGAAUACAUUUACACUCAGCUUACACUGACUAUAUAAAAAUAAUGACAAAUUACAAUAAAAUAUUAAAUAAAAUAGAGUAGAAUAAAAAAGGUUGAGUAAUUAAUGAGAGAAAUGUCAUUUGUGAAUCUAUCCUUUGUAGCAUCUGAUCAUGCUCCCAUCCUUCAGAAGGAGCUCUCAGCUGAAUAUUGAACUCUGUCCACUUCCUGUUUCCUGCCAUAUUACCACAUUACCACAGUUCCUGUUACAAUGUAUUUAAGCCAUGUGUUUCCACUCCAAUUUUGCGAAGUAUUGCCAUUUCCUCUGCUUUACUAAGCGUUCUUCUAUGAGAUUUCUAUUGUUUAUUGUCAUGACCAUUGCUUUUGUUCUCCUGACUCCCGUUUCUGGAUUACUGUUUUGGAUUUAUCUGCAAUUGGAUAUUUUCUCCAUACUCUGACUCAUGUC